CCUUGCCAGCCCGUGUCCCCCAUUCAUUCCCUUUGACUCGCAUCCUCCCAGCGGUGGCCGGCCCUCCCCUCCCGCUUCAGUUCGCCUUGAAACAUGGCUGCUCCGGCGUUGCUCAGGAGCUCCGAGCCGGCGCUGUGCCCGAGCUUCGCGGAGGUCUGCUCGUUCCUGGAGCGCUACGGGGCCGCCCUCGACCUGCCUGAGAUGACGUUCCCGCAAAUGGAGGGCUACCUGCGCGACAAGACGUCAGUUCCAAAACCUCUCAUAGAACUUCACGUGAAGCUGCUUCGAAAGCUUGGCAAGAGCGUGACGACGGAGCGCUGGGAAAAAUACUUGGCCAAAAGUUGCCAGGAGCUGAACAGCGCCUGGGCCUGGGAGCUGGAACAGAACGGCUAUCAGGACAUGUCCAUGGAAUGCAAGUCCAGCAUUCUCAAAUAUCUGUGCGAGUGCCAAUUUGACGACAACUUCAAGUUCAAAGCGGUGAUCAACGAGGAGGAGCCGGACAAGAUGCGCCUGCAGCCCAUCGGGCGGGACAAACAGGGCCUGAUGUAUUGGCUACAGCUGGACCAGGAGCAAAACAUCCGGCUGUACACGGAAGAGCAGGACGACCUGGACGGCUCCACUUGGAGAUGCAUAGUCAGGAGCCGUAAUGACCUGGCUGAUGCUCUGGAAAUCCUGAAGGCCCAAGUCUUCCCGAACCUGAAUCAGGACCAAGAGCAGAAACUGUCUGAAUCUGGGAGCUGCAGUCCUGCUCACAGAGAAACCGUGUACGAAGAUGGAAAACACCUCAAGAACUCUGAGGAUGUCGCUGACAAUAUGGAAGUUGAAAAAGAUGAGAAACCCCUCACACAAGUGGGCAACAAGGAGCAGACAGUGAGCAUCAAGCAGGAGGCGAAGGAGGAAAAGACCAGUGAUCAAGCGCCUCCCAUCGAUAACCACGUGAGCACCAUCACCUCUGUCAUCAAAUCAGAGAGCCGGGAUUUGUCUGUCGUCAUGACGACAGUGCCCAAGCAGGACGCAAACAAGGAAGAGGAGACCGAGCGGGCCGUGGUCAGGAGCAGUCAACAGGCUAAGAUACCACUGAAGAAGAGAGAGCUGAAGCUCGCUGAAAGCUACCAUGGCAACCACCUCAACAACAACAACAACAGCAGCAGCAUCAUCGUGUGCAACCCCUCAGUCAUACAGAGUAAGGAUGUCUCAUUAGCACCAACUGGUGGCCAGGCACCACAACAGCACCCUGAGCUGCCUAACGGGAGGUCAUCAAUCGUGUCGCGUCACGUGGGGGUCAUCCGCGGACCGACAUCCAAUGAAGAGAACGGCUGCAAACCGGCGGAGGAAGAGAAGAAUGUACAGGGAUACAACGCAAGAACCCUGGAGAUGGGGCGCAUGUCGGUGCUGGUGAGGAACGACCCCGUCGUCGUGGAGACGGCACGCGUCGACCAGGGUGUGAAAACAAGCGCUGACAACGAAACAGAGGAAAAUGUCCCUCAGGGAGGGGAUCCUGACUUGGGAACACGAGACCUUCACAUGGAAACAGAAGGAAACAAAGAUGACCACCAGAAGGACGUGAGUCCUUUAGAAAAAGUGGAAGCAGAGUUGAGGGACGAGGAAGGCAUCAAUGGUGCUCUAGCGGAUCAGUCAAGCAAGAAGGAUGCCGACGGGAAGCCGUGGCCAAGAGAGGAGGCCUCCUCAGAGCUCCAGAAGGAAGGAAUCCGCUUGAAGAUCAAGAUUCCGCCUCAUCGCAGGAACAAGUUGAAGGCCAAAGAGCAGCAGAAGGAGGCGUCACAAGGGGGAAGGUCCCUCAGGAGGUCUGCCAGGAUCUCCAGGCCGAGCUCCAAGGCAGCUGAGAGCCCGAAAAAAAAGAAAGGGCAAGGAAAGCAGACGAGAGAAGAAGAUGAUAAUGAUGACGACGACGAUGACGACGAAGAAGAGGAGGAGGAGGAAGAUGAAGAUGAUGAAGAGCAAAGUGUUGCUGCCAAGAAAAAUGGAAAAGCAAAGGCUGUCAUCCACAUGAGGAAGCGCAGGGGUAAGCGGAGACACGGGCAUCCCCGUUGGUCCAACAUCAAGCGCCACAAACAGAAUGAAGAAGAUGAGGAGGUGGUGGUGAAUAAAGCUGAAGGCGGCGAGGAGGCCAAUGAAGGAGGAAGCCACUCGGAUGAUUCGUGCCAGUCUGAGGACCUUCCAAAGGAGGACGCCUGCACUCACUGCGGUCUUCCCAACCACCCGGAACUGAUUCUGUUGUGCGACUCAUGCGACAGUGGAUAUCACACAGCCUGUCUACGACCGCCACUCAUGCUCAUCCCGGAUGGCGAGUGGUUCUGCCCACCCUGCCAGCACAAGCUUCUGUGUGAGAGACUGGAGGAGCAGCUGCUGAACCUGGACAGCGCGCUAAAGAAGCGAGAGCGUGCCGAGAGGAGGCGGGAGCGGCUGGUGUACGUGGGGAUCAGUGUGGAGAACAUCAUUCCUGGAAAUGAGGAAGAUGAAAAGAUGGCCAAAAAAAAGGAUGCCAAAAAGUCCAAAAAUUUGGGGAGGAGGUCAACCAGAGCAAGGAAGCACAUCAGCUACAGAUUUGACGACUUUGACGAUGCCAUUGACGAGGCCAUCGAGGAAGACGUUGGUGACAUUAACACCGGGGGAGCCAGAGACAUUGGCGCCGGCGCCGCAUUGUCUGAGCACGGCACGGCGAGCCACCGCCGGCCGAUGACGCUUGCCGCGCGAAACAGGAAGCGCCGGCGUCUCAACGACCUGGAGAGUGACAGCACGGCAGUGGAGAGUGAGGAUGACUUCACGCUCAGCAACAGCUCUGAAGACGAAGAAUUCGCAGGCUCGGGAGCCGCCGCCGACGAUGAUGAGGAAGACGAGGACGGGGGUAGCUGGGACAGCGCGUCGCGGCCCAAACGGACAGCGAGAGCGGGGGCCAAGUACAAAGCGGGCAUUACCAAACACAGAGUCGGGAGGCCACCGGGGCGCCGACGGAGACGUUCCUCCGAGGACGAGGAGGAGGGCAGCGACGAAGACUCCGAUCAGUACAGCGACAUGUCGGAUAAGAAGCGUGGCGGGCUGAGGCGCGGCCAGCGGCAGCAGGUCAACUAUCGGGAGACGUCGGAAUCGUCGGAUAAUUCCCGGACAUCUGCCAAAAAGAAAGAAGUGAGACCACGUGGCCGGCCACGUAAGGAACGUUUCUCUAGCGACUACAGCGAUGCGUCACCUUUCUCACGUGACUCUGAAGAGGAGGAUGAGGACAAAGGUGGUCAGGGGAAGAGGAAGCGAGAGAAGCGGCGAGCACUAAGAGAAGAGGAGGAUGUCUCCACUCGCCACUCCAAAGCCAAGCGAAGGCGACGCAACCAAGAGGACGAGGAGGAGACAGAGGAGGAAGAAGACGAUGGCCAGCCGAGAGGGAAACGGCGUCGAUGGAAGCCUUCUGAAGAAGAUGAGGAGGAAAGGAGGAACAUCUUGAGGACGGGUAAAGAGGACGACGACCCAGAGAAGAUGGGCAGAGGGAAGAGGCGGGAGAUGUUGUCCCAGCAGCGGCGCAAGCGUCUGGCUCAGAUGCUGAAGAACAGAAGACCCUCCACAGACGAGGACGACUCGCAAGAAUCUGAGUCCUCAUCUGAGGAGGACCGGCCCGUUCGCAAAAGACUCAACCGUAUCGACUCGGACGAGGAGGAAGAGGACGAGGAGUCGGAGGAGACGAAAGACGACAGUGAAGCUGGAGACAAGGUGCGAGGACUAAGCAGACUCGGGCAAUCAAGAGGGGCCGCACGUGGCACCGUGCCCAGGGACGCUGCAGCAGCGGGUGGGCAGGGCAAACACAGCAGCCCCUCGCACGAUGAGGAGGACGAAGAGGCCAAGUCAGACUCGUUAAACUCUGUCCACAACAGUCCGCGCUCGUGAUCCGUUCUUUGUCGGUUCUACUUUCUAGGCCGGGGGUUCUCAAACUUUAUAGGUCCAGAGAAGACAUGUUUGCAAGGACACCCACCCCCCCACGACACCCCGAAAUAAUCCUAGCACCAGUUAAACAUAACUUCCAUGUUCAACCCGAAACGGCAGAGGAAUUUAAACAAUUCCAAGUUACAAUAACAAUUUUUCUUUUU